AUGCAGUGGUACCAUAUCCCAGGCCUCGAGGUUGUCAGUUUGUGUAUCCGUAGCCCCGACCACGACAACAAGGCUGGUAGCAGGCCAGUCCUCGGCCAGAAGAAGCCAGCUCUCGCGUACACCAGGCUCGGCCUUCUGUGCAUAUACUAG